AUGAGCCAUCAACAUACACAGGCCAUCAAAAAGGUUCAAUUGCUAAAAUAUCUUGGCAUUUAUCUUGACCCAGGUUUGACCUGGAUAGCACACUUAAAUCAGGUCAAAGAAAAAGUGAGCAAAUUCAAUAAUUUGAUCAAAAGGGUGGCCAGGGCAACUUGGGGACUCAAACCAAAUAUCUUAGAAACGAUCUACCUUCGGGCAACGGAACGAAUCAUACUCUAUGCCGCCAGUGUCUGGUACCGUAACACCACAAGGAUUAAUGAUAAACUUAGGUCAAUCCAACGCACAUCUCUUAUCGUCAUUACAAGGGCCUACUCCACCACCAGUACCGAGGCCCUCCAGAUACUGGCGGGAGUUAAACCCAUUCAUCUGAAAAUUAUUGACGACACUUGGCUUAAGAGGCUACAGUGGGAGUACAGAAUGGAAGACUACGAUAUUGAAAUAAGAGAACUUCUACGAUAUACUAAAAUCGAGAAAAAACCUGAUAGAAUUCAUCCUUAUUUAUAUGUUUCCGUUCCCUUUGGUAGAUCAAUUCCAAAUAAUCAGGGUGUUGAAAUUUUCACUGAUGGCUCACGGAUGGAGGUUGCCGAGGAUACUAAUAACAUAUUUGAACAAAGGACAGGACUAGGUGUUGUUGUUAGGAAUAACGGUAAAACAAUUGAUGCGACCUCCAUCAGAAUGAGCAAUAACAGCAGUGUGUAUAAAGCCGAGCUGAUGGCGAUUAAAACUGCCUUAAAUUGGCUUGCAAUAAAUAAUUAUCCCGAUGCGACAAUAUACUCCGAUUCGCUCUCCUCGUUGCAAGCUUUAAAUAAUCCAAAACCUGUGUCCCCUUUGUUUGAAAAAAACCAAAGAACUCUGGCAAAACAAUAUCAAACUCAAUUGGGUAAAGGCCCACAUAGGAAUAGAUGGCAACGAGGAGGCGGAUAG